AUGGAGAAGAUCAAUAAGAAGGCCUUGGUGCAGUUCCUCGAGCAGCACCAUCUCCUCUCCGAUGCCCAACACGGCUUUCGAAGUGGUAGGUUCUGCUUCACGAAUCUGAUCUUUACGCUCGAAAGCUGGACCAAAGCACGUGAUGAAGGCAAGGUGGUGCACGCCAUCUACAUCGACUUCAAAAAGGCUUUCGACAGCGUUCCUCAUCAACGUCUCUUGUACAAACUGCGCAACGCUGGAAUUCGUGGACGCCUUCUUGUAUGGAUCCAGAGCUUUUUGGCUGGACGGUCCCAGAGAGUGCAGGUAGGGCGUCAACAGCCCUCAGAGGUAAAUGAGGUGAGUGGCGUCCCACAGGGCUCAGUCUUAGGUCCCACGUUAUUCCUCGUUUUCAUAAAUGACUGCGUCAAGGACCUAGACUGUGAUGCCACCCUGUUUGCCGACGACAUAUAUUUGUGGAAAGUUAUUCAAAAUGCGGCAGGCGCAGCCCACCCGCAAGCAAACUUGAACAGACUCGAAGACUGGUCGAAGCGCUGGCUAAUGCCCUUCAUUAUAAGCAAGUGCAACUUUCUUCAACUCGGCAGCUUCAGAGCCCCCAGCCACAGGACUUAAUUUCUACACGGCAGACCGCGCAGGGAAAUCAAGGAUCAAUGGACGAAAGUUCUUUUUCAGUAAAAGAGUGGUUGCAGCGUGGAAUGCCCUGCCUACCUAUGUUGUAAUCUCCUCCUGUGUUAAUUCCUUCAAGUGUAGACUUCACGCGCAUCAAGCUUACCAAUUACCAUUCGCACAUCCACUCACAUAACUUGACACAAAGUAUAUAUGUUUUUACUACUUGUAAUUAGUAAGCAACCGUGAAUGAUUACUCUUUUUCGACUAGCUGUUAACAGCUCGCGAGUAUGUACAAAAUCUCUUUUUCACCUUCCCACAUAUCAAUGUUUUUCUCCGACGAAUUAAAACCAAGAGGGAGUUCAAAGUCGUUCGCCUAUAUUUCCAUUAAUAAACUGAUACUGAUAUUAACUUGCCGUACGCCAGCGCAUCAGCAGGUGGCGUUGCUAUACCAGAAAAAGUCAGGUUUCUUACCUAUCAAAUGCUUGCCAUCUGCAUGACUAUAAAGGUAGACAAAAAACCCGCCUCUUGGCUCAGGCAAGUUUGUAUUUAAAUUUCAGAGCGAUCGGUACAGUACUUUACGAGACAACCGACAGCACACAAAAACACUUCCAUUUUAUGUAUAUAAAAGAUAUAUAUUAGAGUUUCUGAUUCUUGUUCGGUGGUUGAAGUGCGAUGAAUGCGUAAGUGGUCGAAAAAACCGAUGUGUAAUAUGAGGGUGCGUUCGAAAUGGGAAAAGUUGGGACUUACUCAACACUGCUUGUGGUGGGGAAGUGGAAGAUUAAAUGGUAGGUGGAUGGGUUUACUUCCACGACAUCAGAGUAGGGACUUGAUUUCUCCUAGGACCCCGCGUCGCUCUCUGUUAGCAGAGGACGCAGAACUAACAAAGGUUUGUGUUAAUUUGGCUGACGGGAACAAGCGACAGGCCUAACGUAUGGAGAUUCACCCGGUGACUCAAUUAACCCAAAUUCACGGAGCACAAAUACACGGAGCUGUUUGCUUAAAUGACUGAUUCUACAGUUUGCGCUAAAAAAGCAAUUUAGACGUGCUAUCCGUUCAGCAAUAACGUCCAUUUUCAAUAGUCAGUUUUGCUAAAUAAUAAAGCGUGUAAGACCUAUCGUACUGGCCAAUGGAUUUUCCAUUCCAUUUAAUACUGCAUUUAAGACGGAGACGUGUUUUAGCCUGCACGUUUAAUUUGUGUGUAAUGGGUUAGUUCAUCCUGAAAGAAAAUUAUAUGGAUUCUGCGAGUUUACUUGCGAACUCAAAGUAAGGAUUACGGAACCUCCGCUAUCAAAUUUUGCUUCUUAUUACACCUUUGUUUUCGUCUGAUUAAGCCAAUCGUACCGUUUAAUCUUAUGUAAAUAACCUAGUAUGUCCUUGUUAGCGGCUAGGUCCGAAAGCAUGCAAACUUGCGCCCAAAAAGCGGAUUAAGAAAGGCGAAGUGAGCUCCGUUAAAGUAAUUAGGUUCUAUAUACGUAGAGACAAUUACACCCAGUGAGACAGCCGCACGGAUUAGUCAAAGGCCCUUGGUUAGCAAUUUGCAGAACUUAAUAACAAUUCUGACAGGCAACUAAGCCAGUUUAAUUCGCUUUAAUAAAGGCAUGAGGCUUUCGUAUCUGAGCUGCCUAUUCAACUCAAAAAAUGUCAACAAAAUCAACUGGUACACCAGAAAUUCUGGAAAUCUGUAUGAGAAAGCUAGACGCAAAGUUGUCGAUUUAAGUCUAAAGCAGAAUACUAAAAUGGGAUAUAACAUAAGCCGACUAGAAAUUAUAACCCUAUAGGGAAGAUCAGAUCUAAAAAGGCGGAUUUAAAGUAGUUACGAUGCAUUUAAUAAUGCUGAUUUUGUUUUACUAAACCGAAACUUGAGCGUUAAAGACAAAGCUGGAGCGUUGGAUCGUCGAGUUUCUUGCUUCCUAUUAUUGGGUAAUAUUGCAUGCCUUUGCACAACCACUUGAUAAUUUGGGAAUUAUUUUUUACUGGGACGUUGUGAUUACCUUGAAAUACUUUCCUAUUUAUUCCGGCGUUUACUUUGAUAGCUCUAAAUCUGAACUUCCUAUGUGUUCUAUAUAGGACCUAAACGUUCUGGUUGCUUUCUAAUACUUACGUCUUACUAAGUGCCAUUGUCACGUUAUCGUCUUUAUAGAAUCCCCCAAUACUUACAACGUUUGACUUGCGCCUCAAAAGCACAUAACAUAUCCUAUUCACCUUACAUCCUCUGCUCUUCGUAUAAAACCGAUAACUCUAGGAUGUGGGCAGUUUUACGCCCCGUAAAUCGAACACAGCAAAGACCCACGAACGUAUUAUUGACAGUGAAGUUAGGGACCAUAAAAGCUUUGAAGUCGGUGGGAUAGUGGGGGGAUUUGUUGGCGAUAAAGUGGGAUGCGGCUCCCAAGACUAAUUGAUACUUCUCGACACAGCCUUUUGCACAACAUAGGGAAGAUUUAUAACCAAAUUGACCAUUGUUUGUUUUCUUGCAGUUGUCGCAUUUCUGGGAGUUUCUUUGCCAUCAUUCAACCAACAGGUAUUUUGCGUAGGUUUAAGCAAAAUUGUUUGAGUGGGGGUCGGCGGUAAAUGAGUCCUCAAAGAUGUUUGUCUUAUUUUCGGGCGUGGAAAUAAUUAAUACGUAGGUUGACCCCCUAGUGGACACGCCUAAAUGCUGUCGUCUACCGGGUCUUGUAAACCAAUUAUCCAGUCGUCGCUUUGAAUAGCCGCUCACUUUCGAAUAGCUUAUACUUACCAUUGGGACCACGACGCGACUAGACAUGCAAGCAGAGUUUGAUCUGGGAUUUCGGGCUACUUCCUAACUAUGAUGAUCCAUCAUUCCUCACAAUUUCGAUUACAAACCAUCAAGUCAACUUACAGCUUUGAUAAAUGAUGUUCGUCACUUUCCAGACAUGUUCAGCCUUCGGGGAGAAAUUGAAUCUUUUUGCCGUAUUCCUUCUAUCCAUCCCUUCGCUUCGUCCUAGCAACCACCUGCAAGGGCUACCGACUAGAGCUUUAAAGCAAAACAAAGCGAACAUGCUCACACAACCGGAUAGGUAAUUUUUCAUUUCCGGUAGUAGCAUACAGCCUGAGCCAGUGGCUCAAGUAGUAGGGCGUUUGAGAAAGAUAUCCGGUUACCAAGUGGAGCCACUUUUAAAUCCCAGACCUUCCCAUCCAACACUUAUAGUAUGUCUGUCUUAUGACGGAAAGCAAGCCAGCAACGGCCACUUAACUCUUAUGCCUUCGUUAUUAUUCCUUCCACGUGAUUUGAAAUUGUUUAAAAUUUGUCGUUGUUUGAAAAAUGAUAAAACUCUAUCGGGUCCUUCGGUUUGGUCAGGUUGUUAAAUAUAAUAGGGUAGAGGCAGUCAUUUUGUGGUAUGAGGCUACGUGUAGUUUCUCUCGUUGGCCCAUAGCUUACUAGUUGCUGGGAUGUGCGUACAUAUGGUCGGCGCCACGGAAUUUCCCGAUUCCUCCGCCCAGGAAGUCCUUGUUGCCAGGAUAUUGCAGUUGUUCCGUCACGCUUGGCAUCGAUUACCAAUACCUGCACAUUUCCGAGUUGUUUGACGGUUAGUAUACAGUCCAUCCUUGUUAAUCGCCCCUUACCGAGCUGAACCCUUCUGGAACGAUCAAGAAGCUGGCAUGUCUGGGCGUUUUCGUUUUUCGUUGCGCUACAAUUAAUGCUCGCUUUCCAUGCACACUUGAUUGGAGACUUUGGCAUGACUGUUUUGAUUGCCGGUAUCAAUGCGCUAAUUUUGCAUUUGGUCUGGUAGAACAACCUUUCCUUAGCAUCUUUCUUGCAUGUUAGCAAGCCUCGAUCGGUUGACGCAAGAGUGGGCGCUCUCGUUCCCUCCCCCUUCAGGCGUCAAUUGCCGUACCAUCUAUCCCCACCUCGUCGCCUUUUUCUUUCGAGUGAUCCAUCACCGUCAUCGGUAUCUUAUUGAUGCAUUCGUCUAGCCCCUUGCGCUGCCAUACAGGACUCAAACUGAUAUAGGCCAAUUGACUGAAAUUUCAGCCAGUAUUCUUUCAAAAAGCCAGAUUUUAUUGGCUUUAUCUCUCCGUGUUCAGACUUGCGACGCCCGCCGCCCGAAUUAGACCAUGUAAUUUCGUGGUUCUACGUAUUAUUUAUUCCUGUUCUUCAAAGUUUUGCGCUAAAAGUGACUGACGCGAUUACUCUUCGGCCAAAUUCGUCAGAGUCGACCGCACAGUGGAAAGAGUUGUGUCUCGCCCUCUUCUCUCACUCUCUCUCUUGACAGACCCGAGUCUGGGUGAUUGAAAAUGCGAUUGGAUGCAGUAACUAACUUAACUCUUCGCCAAUAGAAGCGAAGAGACGUACUUAGCUUAGCGCCACAAACCGAAGUUCUGGGCCCGGUAUGUGGAUGAUACCUUCGUCGUGAUCGAACGGGAUCAGAUGCCGA